AUGCUGGAGAGAUGGGUGAGCCAGGACCACGGGGACAGAAGGGUGACACAGGCCCCCAGGGCCUUCCUGGAGCACCUGGCCCUGGAGCUGCUACUGGGGAAAUUGGAGAAAAAGGCCAUAAAGGAGAGAAGGGCCAAGAAGGUUUGCUGGCAAGGUGGGACAGGUCUCCGAGGUCCUCCUGGGCUCGAUGGUCCCGAGGGAGUUAAGGGUGCAGCAGGUGCCCGGGGACCAGCGGGUGCCCUCGGGCCCCAGGGCUACACCGGGCACGGAGGAUCCAGAGGAGCUGCUGGUGCCAAGGGAGAGCCAGGCCGGCAGGGCCUGGUGGGUGCGAAAGGGGAACCGGGCAGGCUGGGCCAGCCGGGACAAACG